AUGCUAUUGGACAGUGACUGUCGAGUGCAGUCCUUGUUGUGUCUGAGAAUGUCAGCGUUUGCCGGCUUGACUUCAGAGUUUGGCAGCCGAAUGCAGCAGCCGCCGCCACCGACCUCCACGCUGUCCUCCCCGAUGUGGGUCAGCAGCACUGCGAGCAGCGGCGCGUCUGCUUCCUCUUCCUCUGCGCCCGUCGGCAGUGGAGGCAGCAGUGCCAGCCCAGCUUCCUUCAGCCAGAACAGCUUCGCGACCAUCCAAAUCCACCCUGCCGCGUCGUCCUCGGCGGCGUCUCGAGGGGCGGUGGUGCUGGAGGACGAGGUCUCUGGUCUCAUGGAUGCGCCACUCGCGGCUGGCUCAAUGCGAGGCGGCGACGGCGGCUCUGCACUGGCGUCGUCAUCGUCAAGCAGCCGAGGCGGCGCGUCGGGCGGCGUGCGUGCACAGUACCAUUCGAACAACGCAAUGGUCGGGCGGGCGCAGGACAUGCUUGGCAAGACGGGACUUGGAUGGAUGCUCGAGCUCGAGACGGAGGAUGGCCAGGACGCCAACGAUCGCCCGCUCUUGGAGGAGCUGGAUAUCGACAUCAAGGACAUCUUUUACAAGAUUCGAUGCGUAUUGCUGCCAUUCCCGUUCUUGGGAUUCCAACGCUCUGUUGUGCGCGACAACCCCGAUUUCUGGGGCCCGCUGUUUGUAGUACUCAUCUACGCCCUCGUGUCCUUGUAUGGCCAGUUCAAGGUCGUGUCGUGGAUUCUGACCAUCUGGUCGGUCGGCAGCUUGCUCAUUUUCGUUCUGGCAAGAGUCCUUGGUGGCGAUGUCAGUUAUUCGCAAACAAUUGGCGUGAUUGGAUACUCGCUGAUUCCUCUGAUUGUCACUGGAGCCGUGCUGCCCGCAUUCCGUCGCUUCCCAGAACUCAGCAUACUGUUCAAGAUUCUUGGCGUCCUGUGGGCUGCCUACAGUGCGGGUUCGUUGCUCGUUUCCGACGAGAUGCAGAGCAAAAAGACGCUGCUGCUGUAUCCCGUGUUGCUCUUGUAUAUUUACUUUUUCUCCCUGUAUUCGGGGGCAUAAUGUAUUAGUUUUAGCUGAGCUGUGAAGCGCAUCUUGACAGGGGAUUUGAUAGC